GAUGAUAUCAUAUGACAGUGAUGUUCCGUGCUAACAUCUGAGUAAUCACACAAAAAAUAAACAAAUUUCCACAUAUUUUCCUUUUUCCGCAAUUUAGGAUGGGUUUGAGUAGUUGUUUCGAAAACAUGAGUCUUCCACCGUGCAUCUGGUUCGAAACAGGUAACAAGAAAAAUGCAUACGUUUCGAUGCUAGCUGGACUUUUGUUUUUCUCUGGCUGGUGGGCGAUCAUCGAUGCAGGAAGCACGACUCCUUACAUAAAGGCAGGAUACCACAUGUGUGGAGUUGUAGGAACAUUGUCUUUGAUAAUGGUCAACUCUGUAUCGAAUGCUCAGAUGAGGGGUGAUAUUUAUGAAGGAGGUUGUAUGGGAUCAAGAGGAACAAGGAUUUGGCUCUUUUUAGGAUUUGUCAUGGGAUUUGCCUCAGUCAUUGCUUCAUGCUGGAUUCUGUUUGCGAAUUUUAUGGAGGAAGGUCACCACAGAGCAGGGGUUUCACUUUUCCUACAAAAUACCUUGAUUUUUGUGUCGUCCAUAAUCUACAAGUUUGGCAGAUCCGAGGACCUGUGGGGUUGAGGAUUCAUCUUUAUUUUUAAGACUUGUGAUUACUUAAGUAAAGAGCACUGUAUUUAUAACUUAUUAUAAUUUGUACCUUUAAGACUACCACAUUUUGUAACUAUGUAUUUAAGUAUUAAAUUGCGGAGAAGUCUAUGGAAAAUAUAGCUCUAGUAUAUAAA